AUGUCAUCAUUCACUGGUGUAUCCAUCGUCGACGGCCACGAAGGGUGCUAUGGCGACACAUUGUGCGUAGAAGCCGGUACGGACAGCGGCUACCAUCUCCUUAUGGUCAAUGGCUACUCGCGUACCAAAAAAGAGAAGCCCACCGGCAUGAGCAUCACCGGCUCUGAUGUUUUUGUGGUAGGAGGACAUGCUUGGUUACUAGAGUACUACCCUAAUGGCAAGAACCCGAACUGCGCCGACUUCAUCUCUCUCUAUGUCCACGGUGAUGGCAAAGUGAAUGCUAGGAUCAGCUUUUCUCUCGUUGACCAGGUUGAGAAGCAGAUGCCAAUGUACAUUCGUGCAACUAAUAGAGCUUCCAGGUUCGUCGACAGUCAUGGUAAUGUUUUCUGGGGCAUCAAUAAGUUUCUCAAAAGAGAUGCCCUUGAGCGAUCGGCGAAUCUGAAAGGUGAUUCUUUCACCAUCCGGUGUGACAUAAUGGUUUGCAAGGAUCCUAGUACCGAGGAUCCCGGUGGCCACGACACCAAGGUGCUCGUGUCUGACAUGGACCAGCAUUUUAACAUUCUCCUUCAGACCAAGGUGGGUGCUGAUGUGACAUUCGAGGUUAGUGGCGAGACAUUCACUGCACAUCGUUGUGUGCUUGCAGCCCGGUCCAAAGUCUUCAUGGCACAACUCUUUGGUCCCAUGAAGGAGGGCACUACUACCUCUGGCGUCAUACAUAUCAAAGAUAUGGGAGCAAACGUGUUCAGGGCGUUGCUUAGAUUCAUCUACACAGACUCAUGCCCUGAAAUAGAGAAGGACUUCACGGAGGAGGAGGAAGAAAUGUCUCAAGUUCUAGAAGGACAAGAAGAUGAAACAAUAGAGGAUGAGAUGUGGCUGCAAUGGCUUCAAGACUUGUUUGUGGCGGCAGAUAGGUACGAUCUCCAACGACUCAAGUGCAUAUGUGAAAUGCAAUUGUCUGAUAACAUAGGUGUGAGCUCGGUGAUGUCCACUCUUGCUCUAGCCGAGCAACACCACUGCCAGGGAUUGAAGGAGGCAUGUUUGAAGUUUAUCCAAGUCCAGUCUUCCUCGUGCUUGCAAACAGUAACGGCCACUGAUGGUUGGGAUCAUGUAGUUUCGACCUAUCCCUCAGUUUUGAAGGACCUUGUCGUCAAGCUUGGUUCAAACCAACAAAAGUAACACUCUGACCCCCUUAUGCAGAAUUGCAGAUACGGGACACUCUAGAGAGGUCGUAGUCAAUGUGUCUCGCUUUUCAUUUGCUCGUCAUGUAUAUAGUUCGC